AUGGAUAAGGAAAUAUUUUUAGACAUUGCCUUUUUCUUCAUUGGAGAAGGCAAAAAUCACGUUACUCAAGUGCUAGAGGCUUGUGGUUUCAGAGCAAUUAGUGGAAUUGAGAAUCUCAUGGAUAAAGCUCUCAUAAAAACAAAUCAUGAUUGUAAAAUUGUAAUGCAUGAUUUGGUUCAAGAAAUGGGUGAGCAAAUAGUUCGUGAGGAAUGUUCAAAAUAUCCUGAAUUACGUAGCCGAUUAAAUGAUGCGGAUGAAAUUUGUGAUGUACUGCAAAGGAACAUGGGAACUGAUAAAAUUGAAGGCAUCAUAUUGGAUUGGAAUAGAAUAAAUCAUUUACGAUUGAGCCCCGAUACCUUCACAAAGAUGACAAAUUUAAGAAUUCUCAAAAUUUGUCAUCCUUGGUAUUCGUUCGAGGAGAAAAAAAAUUCAAAGCUUUUUUAUUAUCUUGGCUCUUUUCCUAAUAAAUUAAGGUAUUUUCAUUGGGAUCUAUAUCCAUUGGAGUUUUUGCCAUUAGAAGGCUAUUGUUUCAAGAACCUUGUUGUGCUACGCAUGCAACACAGCAAUAUUAAAAAGCUUUGGGAUGGAGUGCAGGAUCUUGUGAAUUUAAAGAUGUUAGAUUUGAGGAGGUCUAGACAAUUGAUGGAGCUGCCUGAUUUCUCUAGGGCACAUAAUCUUGAAGAAGUAUAUCUCUCGGGAUGUGAAAGUUUAUGUAGUGUUCAUCCAUCUAUUUUUUGUCUUCAAUCUCUUGUUACAUUGGAUGUAUCUCAUUGCGAGAAAUCAGAGAGUCUUUAUCAUGGCUCUUUUCCUAAUAAAUUAAGGCAUUUUUCUUGGGAGCAAUAUCCACUGGAGUCUUUGCCGUUGGGGCUUUGUAUUAAGAACCUUGUCGAACUUUGUAUAAUGGACAGCAAUAUUAAAAAGCUUUGGGAUGGAGUGCAGGAUCUUAUGAAUCUAAAGACGUUAAGUUUGUCUGGGUGUAAACAAUUGGUGGAGCUGCCUAAUUUCUCUAUGGCACGUAAUCUUGAAGAAGUUGAUCUCGGGGGUUGUGAAAGUCUACAUAGUGUUCAUCCAUCUAUUUUAUCUCUCCAAUCUCUUGUUGGAUUGAAUGUCUCUGAUUGCAAGGAAUUAGAGAGCCUUGAAAGUGAGACUCAUUUAGAAUCUCUCUCUUACCUUGGUGUUGAGGAUUGUCAAAGCCUCAAGAAAUUCUCUGUGUCAUCAAAGAAAUUGGACGGUUUGUGUUUCGAUGGGACUGAAGUUGAAAUAUUGCAUUUACUGCCAAUGGGAGGUUUCACAGAACUCAGAUUGCUUGAGAUUUAUGGUGAAAGAUUAAGGAGCCUUCCGAUAAGUGAGCUAUGUAGCCUGACAAAUCUUGAGGGAUUUCAAAUUUGGGAUUUCCAGCAGAUGCAGUUACUUGGUGGAAAUCCCUGA